UCAGACGCCGCUCUGAAAGAACUCGAAAUUGUACAAAAAAUUCAAUUUAAUUUAAGCCACAAAAUCAUUUAAAAAUGCCUCCAAAGGCUCCGCCAGAAGAGCAACCCAUGGACGUCGACGAAGACGACUUUUCCGAAGAUGAAGAAGGAGGACGUCGCGUUGCUGGAAUCUACAUUCCGCCCCCAAUUAAGCCCUAUUGCAGCACCGAGAGCAAAGGACCUCGCCUGAUGAUCACAAAAAUGGUUUGCGAAGAUUUCAAGUCGUACGCCGACACCGUCACUCUUGGACCUUUUCAUCAUCAAUUCUCCGCUGUUAUCGGUCCCAAUGGCAGUGGCAAAAGUAACGUAAUCGACGCAAUGCUGUUCGUGUUUGGAUAUCGCGCGCAGAAAAUUCGUUCGAAAAAAAUCUCCGUUUUGCUGCACAAAUCCUCGAAAAAGCCAAAUGUCAAGCAGUGCAAAGUCGAAGUGCAUUUCACGGAAAUUAUUGACAAGCCCGACGGUACAUUUGAAAAAGUUCCCAACACGGAAUUCGUCGUCGCUCGUUUGGGUUACGACAAUAACGGCUCCGAUUACUUGCUGAACGGGCGAAAGACGUCAUUUAAAGAGGUCGCCAAGAUGCUAAAAGGCUACGGGAUUGAUUUGGAUCACAAUCGUUUCCUAAUUUUGCAAGGAGAAGUCGAAUCGAUCGCCAUGAUGAAGUCGAAAGCGCAAACCCCGACGGAAUGUGGCUUGCUCGAGUACUUGGAAGACAUUAUCGGCACGACGCGCUACAAAAAACCCCUGCAACUCAUCAAUGAACGCGUCGAGGAGCUCAACGAGAAACGCACGGAGAAACAUAAUCGCUGCAAAAUGGCGGAACGCGAAAUGAAAGACUUGGAAAAGCCCAUGAAGGAAGCUGUGGAGCAUCUGAAACUCGAAAAUAGCUUUUUCCGCACACAAAAUUUGCAAAUUCAAAAAUAUUUGCAGGAAACGAAGCAACACAUCAAGGAGGCGGAAGACACAAAAACCGGUCUUGACGAGGAAUUGACGACGCAUGACGCGCAAUACACCGAAUUCAUUAACGAACGCAAGGAAAAGGAAAAAAUCAUCGAAGAAAACACAAAAAAGAAGGAAAGUUUGACGAAACGAAAGGAAGACAUGGAAACUGCCCUUAAAGCAGCUGACCGAAAAUACACCCAGACCCAAGAAUCGAUGGUUGCCGCCAACAAACGUCGAAAAACGCUAAAAACGCAGCUAGAAAAGGAAAAAGAAAAAUUGGAGGAGCUCAAAAAGGUCCCGGAAAAGAACGAAAAAGAAAUCACGGAAAGCGAGAAAAAAAUUGAAAAACUCACGAAACAAAAAUCCGAGCUAGAUGCCCAAUUAGAGGAAAAUCUCGCGAAAUUCAAAGAAGAAACGGUCGAACUUCAACAACAAAAGGAAGAAAUUUCCACCAAACUCAUCGAAUUGAAGAAAAAAAGUGACGCCGACAAAGCUGCUCUCGUCGUAAAGGAACAAGAGCUCAAAGUCGUCACUUCCGGUCGAACAACGGAAAUCCGAAAAUACGAAACGUUAAAAAAUUCCCUCGAAGACUCCAAGAAAUCGCUUGAGGAGAAAAAAGAACGAAUUGUGGCGGCGAAAAAAGAGUUUACGGAAGCCAAGACGACCUUGGAUGACAUUACGCAAAAAUGUCAGUCGCAUCAACGGCAGGAACAAGAACUGACAGAACGAGUUAGAGUGCUUCGCAGUAAAAUUGAGCAAAAUAACCAAGAAAUGCAGGCGAAACACACGCACGGGAAAGUUUUGGAUUUUUUGAUGGCUCAAAAGAAGAAAGGAACGUUGCCAGGAGUUAUUGGACGACUUGGAGAUUUGGGAGGAAUUGACGCCAAAUACGAUGUUGCCAUCUCCAAUGCAUGCGGAAAGUUGGAUAAUAUUUUGGUAGAUACAGUUGACACGGCCCAAGCAUGUAUUGAAGCACUGCGGAAGCAUAACGUUGGCAGUGGGACGUUCAUUGCGUUGGAUAAGAUGCAAAAGUUUCAAGAAAAUGUUCGGAGGAAGAUUCAAACGCCAGAAAACGUUCCUCGCUUGUUCGACUUGGUCAAGGUCGAAGACGAAUCAGUCUUGCCAGCGUUUUAUUUCGCGCUUCGUGACACUGUCGUGGCUAAUGACUUGGAUCAAGGUACUCGUAUUGCGUAUGGAGCGAAACGUUGGCGUGUGGUUUCCUUGCAGGGAGGCGUUAUUGAGACUUCGGGUACAAUGACAGGCGGAGGUCGGUCCGUGUUGCGCGGAAAAAUGGGACAAAAAGUACAAACAAAGACGAAAUUGUCGACGCCGAAAUCGAAUAAGGAGUUGGAAGGAUGGAUGGUCGAAGCCGAACGCCUCCAAAACCAAGUAAACGAACUGCAACGCGAACAAGGCGAAUGGGAAGCUCAAAUCCGCCCGCUUCAACAAACCGUCACCCAACGCGACAACGAAAUCCGUCAACUCGAAAACGCCAUCCGUACCUUCACCAACCAACUCCCGAAGGUAGAAGAGCAAGUAAAGCGCCAAGAAGAGAUUGUCAAAAACACCCAUUCCGACGAAAAUGCCGUCAAAGUCCUCGAAAAAGAAAUCGCCGCAUUACGAGCUGCUUUUGACAAAUCCUUAAAAGCCACGAACGAACUUCAAGCUGAAGUCACCGCCAUCGACCAACAAAUCAACGACAUCAACAACAAAAAAGUCAAAGGCUUGCGGACAAAAAUCAAGGACUUAAAGACGCAAAUCGACAAAUUAACGAGCAACGUGAGCAAAUUACGCGCCGAACUGGAUGCAAACGAGCGAAACAUCCAAAAAGCCGAGGAACGAAUCGAAAACUGUCAAACCGAGAUCGCGACAGCGGAAACGGACUUGCGACAAUAUGACGCCGUUCGCAAGGAAUGUGUCGAAGACAAGGAACAAAUUGAGGAAAAGUUGAAAGAAAUUUCCGAGGAGCUCAGUACGACAGAUUCUGGUUUCGGUGACUUGAAAAAAGAAAUUGCGGCGUUGCAAAAGAAAGAAAAUGAGGGAAGGAUGAAAAGAUUGGAGAUUGAACAGAAAUUGGAAGCGGUGAACGAUCAAAUUAAGGAUUUCAAACGAGCCAUUCCGCAUUGGGAGAACAAAUUAAAGCCACUAAAGUUGCAUAAAAUCCCGAACGAAGACGAGCCGGAGCCUUUUAAGCAAUAUACGGAAGAAGAGCUCAACGGAUAUGCCAUGGCGGACAUCCAAUAUCAAUAUACGUCGCAAGAAGAGCAACUUUCCAAGUCAAAACCCAACUUUUCGGUCAUCGACGAGUUCAACUCCAAACGUGGCACGUAUCUGGAUCGCGUUCGAGACUUGGAAGACGUCACAGCGAAACGUAACGAAAUGCGUCAAACGUACGAUGACGUCCGAAAAUUAAGAUUUAGCGAAUUUAUGGCUGGUUUCAACAUAAUUACGAAGAAAUUGAAGGAAAUGUACCGCAUGAUCACGUUGGGCGGCGAUGCCGAACUCGAACUUGUGGACAGCAUGGAUCCGUUUAACGAGGGAAUCGUUUUUAGUGUUCGUCCCCCCAAGAAAUCGUGGAAAAGUAUCUCGAAUUUGUCAGGCGGAGAGAAAACUUUGUCGUCUCUGGCACUCGUAUUCGCCUUGCAUUACUACAAACCAUCCCCACUUUACGUCAUGGACGAGAUUGAUGCCGCUUUGGAUUUCAAAAAUGUCUCCAUCGUUGCGAAUUACAUCAAAGAUCGCACGAAAAACGCCCAAUUUAUCAUUAUUUCGCUGCGUGCCAACAUGUUCGAACUUUCGGAUUAUCUCGUGGGCAUUUGUAAAUAUGAGGAUUGCACGAAAUCUUGCACCGUGAAGAAUAUUCCGCCGCCAAGACCGACACAACCGAUGACCUUGACGCAAUCCAGUCAAAUUGUGAAUGCGGAUUUGGCGUUUAAUUCGUUACGGGAUACUUUGUCGCAACGACCGUCGACGACGCAAAGUGAAGUCAGUAAUAAGAGUGUUGAGGAGGAAGAAAAAGAGGCGGAAUUGGAUGAAAGUGGCUUGAAUAGCACCGUAAUUGAAAAUCCCACCGUUAGUGAGAAGACGUUGCAAGAAAUCGAUGAGAGUGUGACAAAAAUGGACGAAUCGGUUGUUGAGGAGACGAUCGUUAAUGAGUCGAGUGUGGUGAAUGAGACGAGCGUCACUGAGGAAAGUGUAGCGAUGGAAACAGAUUAAUUUUUUAUAUUUUUUUUUAAUGAGUAUGAGUAGAAUUUAUGUUUUUGACCUUUUCUUGGAUUUAGUUAUAAAAAUUAUUUGUGAGAAUAGAAUUCUAAAAUAUAAAUAAAAUAAGAAUAAAUUUAUUUUUACACAGAU